AGGCUGAUCAAACUCUCUAUCUCUCGUCAUUUUUUCAGCGAAAUGAAGCCCCACACUUGCAGAGGCUUGGGCACUCCUCCUCCAUCGCCACUACAUAAAAGCUCUAGUCUCCGCCCCUCAUGUGCUCCGCCUCUCAAACCUCUUCGCCACCGAGUUUUCCGCCAAUAUCCAACCGUGAAACGCCGCCACUUAAUACUCUCAGUUACAGACCCCCAAUAUUCAUGUACCGCACCCGCCCGGCGCCACGUCUUACUCGCUCCCCUUCUAACCGCCGGCGGUUGGGUUCUGCGGUCGGCGCUCGCGCGUGCGGAAGACAAGCCUCAGGACUCCUCCACACCGGAGAAAUCACCCGUGUCUCCGACGGUUGUGGAGAAGAAGGAGGAUAUCAUUGUUUCGAGGAUUUACGAUGCGACGGUGAUCGGAGAGCCUACAGCCGUGGGGAAGGAUAAGAUUAAGGUGUGGGAGAAGUUGAUGAAUGCGAGGAUUGUGUAUUUGGGAGAAGCCGAGCACGUCCCGAUCCGAGACGACAAGGACUUGGAGCUCGAGAUUGUGAGGAAUUUGACAAAACGGUGCACAGAGUCUGAUAGGCCCAUAUCUUUAGCUCUGGAGGCGUUUCCCUGCGAUAUGCAGGAGCAGCUUAAUCAGUAUAUGGAUAAAAGGAUAGAUGGAGAAACAUUGAAGUCUUAUACAUCACACUGGCCACCUCAAAGCUGGCAGGAGUAUCAGCCUCUUCUAAGCUACUGUCGUGAUAAUGGAAUACGCCUCGUUGCUUGCGGUACUCCGCUCAAGGUUUUAAGAAUUGUCCAAGCAGAAGGAAUUCGCAGGCUUUCAAAGGCUGAUCGUAGAUUAUAUGCUCCUCCAGCUGGCUCGGGCUUUGUUUCGGGCUUCACUUCCGUCUCACGCAGAUCACCAAUUGAUAUGAAUUCACCAAGUCUAUCUGUCCCUUUUGGGCCAAGUUUGUACCUAUCUGCACAAGCAAGAGUAGUUGAGGAAUAUACAAUGGCCCAGAUAAUUUUACAGAACAUAGUGGAUGGAGGAGCCACUGGGAUGCUAGUGGUCAUAACAGGUGCAAGCCACAUUAUGUUUGGAUCUAGGGGAACGGGGGUGCCUGCAAGAAUUUCAAAAAAGAUGCAAAAGAAAAAUCAAGUGGUUAUAUUACUUGAUCCUGAAAGGCAACAAAUAAGGAGAGAGGGGGAGGUUCCUGUUGCUGAUUUCUUGUGGUAUUCUGCUGCUAGACCCUGCAGUAGAAAUUGUUUUGAUCGUGCUGAGAUUUCUCGAGUAAUGAAUGCAGCUGGCCGGAGGCGAGAUGCCCUUCCUCAGGACCUUCAAAAGGGACUUGAUCUUGGUUUAGUAUCACCAGAGGUACUACAGAACUUCUUUGAUAUGGAGAAAUAUCCCCUGAUUUCAGAACUUACUCACCGUUUCCAGGGUUUCAGGGAAAGAUUGUUGGCAGAUCCCAAGUUCUUGCAUAGAUUAGCUAUAGAGGAAGCUAUAUCUAUAACAACUACUCUCCUAGCACAGUAUGAGAGGCGCAAAGAAAAUUUCUUUGAAGAGCUUGACUAUGUCAUCACGGAUACUGUCAGAGGAUCGGUUGUCGAUUUCUUUACAGUUUGGCUUCCUGCUCCAACUCUAUCGUUCCUUUCAUAUGCUGAUGAGAUGAAGGUGCCUGACAGCAUGGACACUUUGCAAGGUCUCCUUGGCUACAUCCCUGAUAAUGCAUUUCAAAAGAAUAUUGUUGGGAAGGACUGGAAUCUCAGUCAUAGAGUUGCAUCAGUGCUUUUUGGUGGUUUGAAACUUGCUAGUGUUGGGUUUAUUUCCAGUAUUGGAGCUGUAGCUGCCGCAAAUGUGUUAUUUGUGAUUCGUAGAUUUCUUAAUCCAGCUCUGAUUGCUAAUCAGGGCAAUAAAAGAUCCCCAGUACUCAAAACAGCUGUUGUAUAUGGAUGCUUUCUUGGAACAUCAGCAAAUCUUCGUUAUCAGAUUAUUGCUGGAAUAGUGGAGCAUAGAAUUUCUGAUGAAUUUUCUUCUCAUAUUUUACUUGUGAAUAUGCUAUCUUUUGUUGCUCGGACAGUCAACUCUUACUGGGGAACUCAGCAAUGGGUUGAUCUUGCACGGUUUACUGGACUGCAAGCUCGGAAGAGUGGAGCACCCCCUUUUGAAAUAUCAGAUUCUCCUAAUCAUGCCGCAUUGGGAGGUGGCAUCACAGAAGAUGCCACUGUUGAUGAAAUUAAGAAUCAAUAAGGUGAAAAAUCUGACUUCAGAAUUUCAUUUUAAUUUCCAUUCCAUUCUUUAAAAGCUGUGAAGGUAGAUCUGAGAGAGAGAGAGAAUUAUGGUCUUUAUGCUAAACCGGUCAACAUCGUUCUUUCAAUUUUGGUGAAUACAAGGGCAGGAUUUUUAAUUCUGAUUA